AUGGUCGUUAGAUGCCUGAAGUGUAGAGUAUUGAGAAUAGAAUUAGCUGCUAAUGGCGUCCAAGGUAAUGGAGACUCUUCAGUCAACGCGGCCAGUGGCUCGAACCCACAUUAUGGCUCAUCAUCGCAAAAUGACCCCCAGUCGCUCUGGACAAAGAUGCUCGAAGCCGCAGCAACCGCGUUUGCAUCCAUUCUCGUCCUUGGUACAGGAUUCGCGACAGGCGGGUACAUGUACCACAGAUUCUACAAGUGGCUCGUACUUCACAAGAUGGAGCGCGCCUUUCAACCUGGUGAUCCCGUUCUCGAGCUGGCGGCGAUAGGCAAGGAAGUCCCGAACUCAAUCGCCCCUUGCAAGGAGCAAGAGGGUGACGAGCACUGGAUCCUCCGGGAUGAACAAGCCAAAAUCGACGCCAUUGUGGACGGUACUGACCGUGGCCACUACCAUCUGCUUAUUGGCGAGAAGGGCACCGGAAAGUCGAGUAUGUUGCUCGAUGCGAUGAAGAAAGUAGAGGGUGAAGGCAUCAGCAUGUUCGAAGCGCAUGCAGAUCUCGAGAUUUUUAGGAUACGCUUGGGAAGAGCGCUGAAUUUCGAGUUCCAUGAGGACUAUAUCGGGUCCUAUUUUUCAGAGAGAGGCCCCAGAGAUAGUACUGCGUUACUGGAUAUUGAGCGUGCUUUCAACAAACUAGAGAAGAUUGCUCUACUAAGGCGGAAAACAGUUGGAAAGCCACUGGUCUUAAUCGUCAACGCAUUCCAUCUCCUAAGGGAUGACGAAGAUGGACGAGAUCUGAUAGAACUCAUCCAGCAACGCGCAGAGCAGUGGGCCGCCAGCAACCUCGUCACGGUCGUUUUCAAUAGCGACGACUACUGGGUCUACGAGCGCUUAAAAGUGCUAGCUACACGCAUGGAGGUCACAGCCAUAGCUGAUCUCCCGAAAUCCCAAGCAAUGUCCGCACUCGCCAAGUACAGACAGAAAUAUUUCCAAGAAGCUCCCCCUUCGGAAACCCUAGCUGAGGUCUACAGCCGCGUAGGCGGCCGCCUUACCUUCCUCAACCGCGUGGCCAAGUCGAAGGAUAUGCUUCGGACUUGUGAUGAUAUCAUCGAUACUGAGCGCAGGUGGUUCUUAAAUCAAUGCUGGAUUCUAGGCGCGGAGAUGGAUGACGAUGUAAUGGACCAGCAAAAAUACGCCUCCGCAGCCAUGGUUCUAGCCCAUGCCCUCGUCAACGCCGAAAAGAACCUCCCGCCUCGUCCCCCAGACGAUGAUGGUUCCCACAACAUCCCCAAAAUCCCCCUCCAUAUCGCCCGUCAAAUAAUGACACGUGCAGACUUCAUCCAACAAUACGACCACAUCAACCUCUUUGCCAUCACAUCCACUGCCCACGUCCGCGCUGACUCUGUACCCAUGCAGCGCGCCUUCCGCAGGAUCUGCGCCGAGCCAGGGUUCGAGGAACAUCUAGAAGCUACAUUGCAGCGGAUUAAUGAUAUCGAAAGUUUGGGGAGAACGAGGGAGAUCGUUGCCAAGGAUCUGGUGUUGGGGGGCAAGUAUAAUUUUAUAACGAAGGAUGGUGCGAGCUGGGGGGAGAAGGUUACAGAAGUUAGCCUUGAGGAGAAAGCAGAAGAGGCUGAGGAGAAAAAAGUAGACGAGGGAGAUGGAAAUGAGGAGAGCUGA